UUGAAAUUGCUGGCUACGGGCCUGAAAGGUGAUAUCGCCAUCGCAAUUCGAGUUACGGAGACCUGUUCUAAAUACUUGACUAAGUAUUAUCAACAGAGUGUACACUUGUUUUGUGUACUUAAGUUUAUCAGUGUCAAUUGAUAAGGUUCAAGUCAGGACACGUUGUUUGGUGGAACAGAGGUUCAAGUCUGUCUACAUUGGAGCAGGUCGUACACUUGGCCUAUUUAUCGUGCCUCAAGUUCGUAGUUGGUCAAAUAGUAAUGAGGCUGGCAGAAACGAGCGAGGGCUAAAUAUAGCACAGAAAAAUAGCAGGAAAUAUCUGCCCAAGUGACAUUAUUCGUUCAUAUUUGAAACUGACUGCCACACCUGUAACUGAAGCAUAACAAAGAGCAAAUAAAAAUGGAAGAGGGAGACGAAAGAUCACCACUGAUGUACCAUGGCAAUGUUGAAGUGCGGGACAAGUACAGCAGCAAUGGAACAGGUGUUCUGGAGACCGGUCGCGACUACUACCAUCCACAGACCGGGAAUGCUGAAAUAACUGGCGGCGACGUCGAACGGCCAAAAUACAAAGCAAGAUGGCCCAUAACUGUGGAACCUUACUUGUUCCUCUAUUGUUUCUCUUUGUUUGGUGUGGUGCCUUUGCAAAUUCAGUACAUUUAUUUGAAGGUCGCAGAGGAAAUGGGCUAUGUUCCUGCAAGUAACAGUACUAGUUCUAGCCAGUCGCCUUGCGCUGACGUCAACAAGUCCAGCCCGGAUUACAUUUUGCAGCAGCAGGUACAGGCCGAAUCCUCAAACUGGAGCAUGUAUUUUUCCAUAUGCUCCACAAUCACGUCCGUUUUCGUGACGAUCUUUUACGGCGCCCACAGCGACAAGGGCGGCAGGAGACUUUCCCUUCUCCUUCCAACCGUUGGCGGUCUUAUAAAACUAGGUGGCUACGUCAUAGCCAUUUAUUUCAAAUGGCCUCUUUGGGCACUGCUACCAAUGUCUUUCAUAGAAGGUUUAUUCGGGCAGUAUGCUACUGCCUUAAUGGCUGCCUUCGCUUACCUCGCAGACGUUUGUACAUCCAAAAAUAAGGCGAUCAGAAUCUUAAUUGCAGAGGCAGCCCUUGGAAUUGCAGCCGCCAUUUCGAAUGUGAGUGUUGGAAUAUUGAUCAAAGCAUUCCCAACCUUUGUCGAACCUGCAGCAAUGUUAGCGGGAAUUAUGCUGUUAGCUCUCUUAUACACUAUAGCAUUCCUACCGGAACUUGGGGAGAAAGAUCCCUCGGCAAAAUUGAUCGACUGCUCAAAUGCUUUAAAAGUUGGGAAACUUUUCCUUCAUGGAGCAGAUGACAAAGAUACCGGGCGGGUAUGGAAACUGCGCCUUCUACUGCUGGUGUUUUUAUUUUGUGCAAUACCAGUAAUUUCCGCAGGCAGUUUGGAUAUACUGUAUGUAAUGAACUCACCAUUCUGCUGGGAUAGUGUACGCAUUGGAUACUAUAACUCUAUUAAAUUCAUCGGAUAUGAGGUAUGUGCAGUGGCAGGCCUAUUCGCCAUGCGCCGUUGGCUAAAAUUAUCUGAAGUCACCGUAGUCAUGGUUUCCUGUAUAAGCGCAUUGGGAGCAAGAAUUAUGUUAGCCUUGGCACAGACAGAUACCUUGAUUUAUAUUGAGACCGCUGUCGGGUGUCUUUUCAUGCUGGCUGUGCCCAUGUUGAGAACUGUGCUGUCGAAACUAGCAACAAACCAAGAACAAGGUGCGCUGUUCGCCAGUAUAUCGUUUAUGGAGAACGCAGGUGGUCUCAUUGGGAGCGUAGUACUUAGUAGUAUAUACGCAGGAACGGUGGCGUGGUUCCGAGGAUUCGUACAGAUGGUCAUUGGUGGACUGUAUCUUCUAUCUUUGAUAUUAUUGGGUGUUUACAGCUGCAGAAUUCGCGGUUCUGGCUUCAAAAUGUCAGCAGUUCCCAGUUGGGGAGACAGGGAGGCACCAUACAGCGUGCAGUAAUAGUGGCCAAUGCUAGAAGAUAAGGGGGAACACCUUUGAAUUUCAAAAGGCCCGCAGUGACUCCUCUCUACUUGCACUAAAAGGAGUAUAUAUGGUCACCGCUGAAACUCGAAAGUAAAUUGGUCUACUAAACGCCCCGAGGUGUAUUGUGCGUUUUUUGACCGGAAAAGCGCGUAAAAUUAGUAUUUUGACGAUGUUACAUGUAUGAUGAUGUUGUUUUUAUGAUAACGGCAUUCC